AGAUUACUCAUGGCGACCAAUUUAGGGUUCAGGUGGUCAUGCAUCAGUUAUCUAUGCUUCUUUUGACAAUGAAAACACAGAACAAGGCGAUACGCUGAUGUAAAUUGGACCUUGAAACAGGAUGAGUUGGAUGUUCAAAAGAGACAGCCCUCUUCGCUCCAGUCUGAGGAGGAAGUAUUCUUUUAAGUUGCCUGAGGGGGCUGGCUUAGAAGUAUUUCAAACUCAUUGGCAGCAAGCGUAUAGUGUGAUAGAAAAAAAUGGAUCUUGGCAACAGUGUUCCAUAACGAAUGAUGAUGUGAGCAGCGUCAUUCACCAUCUGGAAAAAAUGAUAACCCUUCUUUUAGAAGAAGCACAACACUCUAAUGUUUGUAUUAAGAACGGAAAUCCUCAAACUGAACCUGAACCCACUGGUCCUUUACUCAACUAUUUAUUAAAAGAAGGAUGUUUGGAUAAAUUGUUGUCAUGGUCUAUGCGAAGUGGAGAAUAUGUAGAUAUUUUAAAGCAAGAGCAACUCAAAUUUUAUGAGAUCUUAGUCACCAACUGUCAUCAAGACCUCUUGUUCCACAAACCAAUUGUUCGUCCCCUUCUGCGACUGCUGGUCUCAUGUGGUGAAUGUGCUCAUAUUGACGUUGAGAAAAGGCUCAUCAUAUUGUUAAACACUUUGUGUGUCUGUCUUACGCAGUUUCCUGACCUGUUGCAAGUAUUUUUUGGAGCAAGCUCUGACCAUGGAUCUACAAGGUCAGAAAAACGAGACAUGUUUCUCAUAUUUUCACUUUUGAUUCCUUUUGUUCAUCGAGAAGGUGCAAUUGGUCAACAAGCUAGAGAUGCUUUAUUGUUAUGCAUGGCAUUAUCUCGGAGAAAUGAGAGCAUUGGUGUCUAUAUUGCGGAACAUUCCAACUUUUGUCCAGUGUUAGCAACAGGACUCAGUGGCUUAUACUCACUGCUCCCUAGAAAACUGCCCAGUGUUGCUGAAGACUGGUAUCGAUUUACAGCUGAAGAUAUAGCUGAAAUUUCUGAUCUUGCAAUGUUUCUUAAUUCUCUAGAAUUCUGCAAUGCAGUAAUUCAGGUUGCUCAUCCUCUAGUCCAAGAACAACUUAUGGAAUACCUUUAUCAAGGUUUCCUGUUUCCAGUCUUGGGGCCUGCUUUACAUCAGAAUACAGUUGAAGAAAUAAUUGCAACGACUGCUUAUCUUGAACUUUUCAUGCGCACCAUAACAGAACCAAUAUUACUGCAGAUGUUUUUAAAAUUCAUUCUGACAGCAUCGUAUGAUGGACAUAGGGUUUUAAAUUCUUUAGUUGAUCGUCUGGGAGCUCAAAGUCGGUUGUGUCUUGUUACCAUGGCAUUGUUCAAAACUUUGUUGGAUUUGAAUUGUGAAGAUGUAUUGUUUGAGUUAGUGUUCAGGUACUUAAUCCCUUGCACACAUGUGAUGGUAAGCCAGCGUAGUCGAGUGAGGGAUUUAGAUUUUUAUAACCAAGCUGCUGAAAAAUUUUUGUCUUUGAUUCCUUCAUCAUCUGUGUUGCAUAACAAUUCUGAAAGUAGCCUUCCCACAAGCCAAAGUACUCCUUUAUCAUCGAUGCCCAUAACUUCUGGAUUCAGCAACUUGCAGAAUUUCACGCCGAAGUCUCGAGGUGGAAGCCUCAGGUUAAAGCGUCAUCACAGAUCUCCUUCUACAUCAAGUUUUGCUUUUGGGGAAUUUGAAAAAGUUCAUUCUCAGACUGAAUGGUACACAAAUAUACCUGAAAUUCAACCAUCCAGCUAUAUUGAUUAUUUGAGAGAGGCUCACCAGAAUGUUAAAACAUGUACUAUUGCUUGUCGCACUUGGUCAGCUGCUUAUGAUGGAUUAGAACCUCCCCCAAAUUCUCUAAACCAAAGCAAAGAAAAUGAAGAUUUUAGUCAAAAUAAUAUAGUUCAAAUUGAUAGGUUAAAGUUGACUGAUAUUGACAUUAUUAAUGAGCAGAUUAAAUCAUCCAAUGCACAAUUCUUACAAAAAAAUUGUGAUACAGAUUCCAGUGGAGUGUUAGAAUUAUCUUAUGCAAAUUUAGCUGUGCAUCAAGACAGUUUUAAAAACAUACCUCUGGAUAAAUCUAUGUUGGACAAUGCUGCUGCUAAAGACAGCUUUUUGCUUAAAAGUAUUAACAAGCAAAAAAGUGAAGCCAUGAGUAGUGAAGUGUUGAACGAAAUUGUGAAUGCUGAUGAUGAGAGAACGUUUUGGAAUUUAGUUUGCUCUACUCGCACACCAUCAUCAGUCGACAAUUUAGAUGAUAGCUUGGAAACUAUUGAUGGCUAUUUAAAUGAUGUUGAAGAGGUUGACGCCGGACAAGUGGGAAAGAUACAAGUGUGUUUUGCAGAAACGGUUGAUUUGAAAGAUGAAUGCUCGAAUGCAGAUUCCGGUGUUUUUGAAUCCAGGGACAGCUGUGUUUCAGAGAAGGACUCUGAAGUUUCUCCAAUUCUCAAUAGUGCCAAAACUAGUGAUCCUAAGGAUUCACUUUUUAUAUCUAUUCCGUCGUCAUGUUCUGUAAAAAAUGACUUGAAAAUUAAUUCAAACUCCGUGUCCGAAACAAGUACAAAGAGCAGCAAUAGUCCAGCAUCACCAGGUACCUGGGAAUCAUUUGGCAGUCCUGAUAUUGGACCCUUUUUAAGUAUUAUUCUAACAAGGCUUGAAAUGAUGAUGCAGAAUGAUGUAUAUACUAAUUUACAUUUAACUGGAUUGAUCUCAAGGCUGGCCUAUUUCCCCCAACCUCUUCUUCGAUCUUUUCUUCUGAAUCCUUCUUUAGUAUUUCAACCAACUGUACGAAGUCUAUUUCAGGUCCUUGGCUCCCUGAAGCACAAAGUUGACAGCUAUUCUUACACUGUGGACAAUUAUGAAGAGCUUGUUAGCCAAAGUAAACAGUUUCUUUUAGCGAGAGAGGAACAUUUGCCACUACCUCCAGCAACACGGGUUUAUUCUGAUUCUUUGUCUCGGAUACGGAGCAGCACCAUUCCCGAACUUCGAAGAGGUGAGCCGCGCCGCAAAAGUUUAACCAAUUUCCUGUUUCGAAAAAGCAGUUUUUUGAGAAACAAGGAGCACAGCUUUGUCAAGGAACCUUCUUUAGAAUCCAUUUCUGAUGGCCAUGGAUAUAGGUACAUUAGCAAGCCCAAUCCAUUUUCUUUAGAAGGUGAAAUGGAAGCUGUAAAAGCUAGGAAUGCUAUUUUAUGUGCUGUGGUGUUAGAAGAAUUUCUCAAGGAGUUGGCAGCCAUUGCUCAAGAACAUUCAAUCAUACAGCUAAAUCCUGAUUUUUGGGAAAGAAUCGGUAGUCCAUGGGAAUAGUUGAAUAGUUAAUAUUUUUAAAAUCCGAACCACCGUGUAGUCACUGAAUUUGCAGUCUAAGCUGUUGCCUGUCCUGUUUGUAAAUUGUAUUCUAGAUUCUAACUAAUUAGUUAAAUUAUGGAAUUUUGAUCCAUAAUCAAUAUCAUCCAUGUAAAUUCAUCCACUUUCUCAACCUGUUUUCGAUUCAUUCUCGAAACCUUUGUCUUAUUCCGAUUCAUUUCUUUAGUUUUUCUUUCAAAUGCAUUUUUAAUUUCUAUAGAGACAAUAAAAGUUUUAUAGGAAUUAAAACAACACCUUAUUUCUGAAAACAAAUAGUUGAAAACAAUGUUAACCAAAUAGAAAUAUUGAGUUAUUGCACAUACAACUUUCAGUUACAAAAACCCUUUUUCCAAAGUGAAUGAGAGAGCAUUUGGCAAGAGCAGUUGGUUUAGAAAAUUUUAUUUAUACUUCCAAUGUUCUUAUUAGUUGCUGGUUAAUCCUUUUUUUUUUUUUUUUUGUUUUAAACUUCUGUUCUUGUUGGUCGGUCUUUCAUAAGUUCACAUGGUCCGCAUUGAAUAAAGAGUUCCUUUUAACUCCAAAAUAUGUAAUUGCCGUACUUUGCAAAUUUUGUGCUUUAUCAAUGUUGUUUCAAACAUUUAUGAUGAGUCUUAAUUUUUCCUAAAAAUCCACAUUCAUACUGACGUAAGGGCCAAUCUACUACUGUGGCAUAUUGAAAAUGUCGGUUCUCUUCUAAUUAAUAAAACUAAAAUUUCAGACAAAUUUGAUGCCAUGCCACUAAAUAAUACUAUAAUUAUUUCUAAAUAAUUUAGCACCAGCAUAGGGCUGCAAUAAAAUCGAAUUUAAAUUGGAAACGUUUUUAACUAAGCUUUUUUUGUGAAGAGAGAUAAGUUGUUUUUAAUCCAUGAAUUUGUUUUGUCCUUCAUGAAAGUACAUUUCUUGGUGUUCUGAAAAUAUUUACCCCUGGCUUGUAAAAAAUGUAUUAAGGCCAUUCCAUGGAAGCAGUCGGCCCAAUUUUCACAUAAAUUAAUGAAUAUUGGCUUACCACAAUAUUCAUUAAUUUAUGUGAAAAUUCUUGCAAAUAUUAAUACAGUAGAGUCUCGAAAAUCCGAGGUAAUUGGGGCUCAUGCCACCUCGGAUUACUGAAAACUCGGAUUAUCUGGAAAAUUCUUUCAGAUUAAUUUUUUGCACUUUUUCGAUACAUAAAGAGUAGCCCCUUUUACUUCCUUGUACAAAGAAAAGCAGUAUUGUAUUCGUGAAAAAUUAUCACCGAAACUUCAACAUAAAUUUCGUUUUUUAAUACCUUUAAACGAUUCAAUGCUCUAACUUAAUUACGGCGGGAGUUAUUUGUGUUUUUAGCUUGAAUUUUUUUAGCUUUGCUGAAAUUUUGGCACUAUUUUCUUCAUCAAAUAUAUCAAUAAAAUGUGAAGGAAUUUUCCCACAGUUUUCUUUUUGACACUUUUGGAAAAAGCGACAUUUUUUACUUCAGAUCUAUCUAAACCUAUGGUCAAAAAACUAAGAUUCUAUCUCCAAAGGAAAAAAA